GAUUGCUUGGAAAUUUCCAGGAAACUUUUGUAUGGCACAAUUUUUUCAGCACUCGUACUAAUUGCCACCGUUGUUCUCGAUGGGGUAAUUAUUUCUUGUCCCGCACUGCUCGUUCCGAAUAAGGCAAGUUUCCUGCAUAUUGACAAGUGCACAUAUAAUUUCCCUGCGCCAUUUUCGGCCUCCGGUAUUUUCUCCGAGAGAAAAAGAGAGACAUGGCGAGGUGGUUGGAGCUUCCCAAGGCAAUAUGGGAGUUAAUCUGUGAAAAGCUUGACACGGUGGCCUGCCACAGUUUUAGUGGCACAUGCUCAUCGUUCCAAUCGCUUGCAAUGGAAAAUCAAUGUCGUCGCCUUUCCAGCCCGCUGCUAAUGCUUCCGGGGAAGGAAAACUCGACAUCCAGAGAAUUCUACAGCGUUUCCGACGGCAGAACAUGUGAAAUCAACCUCCCAGAACUUGAUGGUAAGUGGUGCCUUGGCUCAUCUUACGGCUGGUUGUUCAUAGUAGAUUCAAGCUCCGGCGAGAUCAGUCUAUUGAAUCCUAUAACAAAGGCUCAAAUUCUGCUCCCGCCACUCUCUGCUUUCAGUGAUCCCCCCGGGCUACGCGGAGAAAGGAAUAUUAAGUACAUAGAGAGGGCCACCAUAUCGGAAAAUCCGAGCACAAGCAAUGAUUUCGUUGUGAUAGCUAUAUUUACAGAGCUGAGAGUUUUUGGCUUCUGCAAACCCGGCGACCAAAGUUGGACUAGUUUGACAAGGCAGGGUGAUCACUGCGAAGAUGUUAUCUGCCAUAAGAAAAAGUUUUAUGCUAUAACCAAUUGGGGCGCGCUUAAAAGAUGGGAACAUUGCCAUGUCGACGCUCCUGUUGAGACGGUAAUUCCGGCGCCAAAAGAUGAAGAGUGUCUCCGCCGGUACCUGGUGGAGACGCCCGGCGGAGCGCUUUUGAAGGUUUGUAGGCAUAAGGAAUGGGAAGAAGACGAUGAAGAUGGGGAUGAAGGCCAUAGCCAUACCUUGACCUUCAAGGUUUGUAUAUUGGAUGAGAAUGGGAAAAGGUGGAUUCGGGUGAAAAACAUGGAGGUGGCUUUGUUUGUUGGGUAUAAUCGGGCAAUAUGUGCGUCGGCCAUUGAUGAUGACUGUCCGGGGAUCCAAGCAAAUAGCAUUUACUUCACGGAUGAUUACUUUGAAGGGUAUUAUGAGAGCCCAUAUGGGUGCUUUGACAAUGGCAUUUUUAGUUUGGAAGAUGAGAGUAUCAAACGGAUCUGCAAGAACCCUCCUCCUGUUUGGUCAUCUCCAUGCAUUUGGAUUAGUCCUUCUCCACGAUGAAGGCCUUCAUAUGUAUGAUGUGCAUUUUAAUGUCAAAAUCAAUGAA